UUCUCGUAUAGAAGCGAAUCUUUUGGAUUUUGUGCCGGUUUCGACCGAAAAGUGUGUGUGUGUGUGUGAAAGUCCAGGGUUGAUGGUAAAAAAAGAAACAAAGGGAUUCUGGGGACUGGCACCAUCGGGUCAUCACCACACGGAAGUCAUGAUCUUCCUGGCUACUGUUCUGUUUGUGGGUCUGGGGACUGCAGCCGCCGUGCCUCUGAAGAUUGGCUGUGAUACAGAAACCCUGGACAAGUGUGGAGCCGACUUAGUCAUUUUCGGAACUGGUCCCAAAGUCCCGACGAACAAGAAAGAACUCCUGGCACAGUGCGAGGUGGAAUAUGCUGCGGAGCUAUGUGCUAGGGAGUUUGCGACCAAGUGUCUACCGCCGUUGCCGAGAGGCAUGGUUGUCGUCAUCCUAGAAGGCAUCAGUCAGGAAGUGUCUUCUAAGUGCAAUGCUACAAAUCCUCUUCACCACGAUUUCCUCAAGCACGCUGCUUGUAUGAACAAGGUGGGAGAUCGCCUGCACAAAUGCAUGAAGAAGUUAACCCUAACGCUGGACUACAGCGCCAGCAUCGAGCCCCACCUUAGGGUCGGGAGGUCUUGCUGUAACUUCGCCGAGUACCUCCAGUGUUCCGGAGACGCCGUCAAGAAAGACUGCGGAAGCGAGGCGGAGGACUAUCUCAAGAAGUUGCUCACACGGUCCGCUGGCGACUUUAUAGAGAUUGCGUGCAUCAACCACAGGACGGACUUCGAGGCGUGCAAAGCGACGUCAGAACAUCUCGUCGAUAUGUCUACCACGAGAGUAACGUCCCUGCUCUCGCCCAUGGCUAAAUUGGUAUCUGCAGAGGGCUAA